GCAGCUCGCUACUGUAGCUCAUGCGGCAUCUCGAUCUUGAACCGGCGGCAAGGAAGAACAAGCUUAUCAGCUGUUGAUGAGACCGAGGGUCAAGGCGGGCGGCGAAGCGCGACGGAGCUCCGCCUUCGGCACGUCGGCAAGGGGCGAUCUACAGCAGUCACGACUCACGAGCACGCGUGACUGCACCCCGUCUGCCCUUCGCAUUCAAACGAUCACAAGUUCGCUAAUCCGCUUGGGGUUCUUAAUACAAGCAUUUAUGCAAGAUGUAGCAAAGACAGACACUCAAGGGUAAUGGUUUUACCCAAGAACAAGCGAUGCGGGCAGAAUGAGGUGGCAACGUUGUGCAGAAGAGAAAGCGCAGUCACAACCUACACCAAAGGCUCCUUUCCUGAAUCUUUCGGAUUGCCCCUCUGCUGGCGGCACAUUUCAUGGACCUACUCUCAUUGACUCUGGGUGCUCAUUACAACAAGCUCUCAUUACAACAAGCUCUUCU